CUUCGAUAUCUCCCAAUGGCAUCCACCGCAUGGUCCAAAUUCAUUCUCAUUGUUGCUUCUAAUCUCUAAUCCUAUUACAUCUAUAUAUUUUAGCCUCAUCACGGAACUCCUGGAUCACUGAUUAGGAAGGGAUCCUGCCCAAGCCUCGACGAGACACAGAUGAGCACCCCUUGAGAGUUCCGCGCCCCGACAAAAACUUGAAUCCGAGCAUCACUUGUUGCUGAAGCACAUUCCCUUCAUUCAUAAAAUGUCCGAACCCUCCCUUUUAAGUGAGAUGUGUAGCAUCUGCACAACUCAAAAACCCAAAUACCGUUGCCCCGGCUGCUCAAUCCGCACAUGCUCGCUGCCAUGCUUCCAGCGGCACAAAGCAUGGGCGUCCUGCUCAGGCAAGCGGGAUCCGGCCAAAUACAUGAAAAAGAGCGAGCUCUCGACGGAGCCUGCAUUUGAUCAUGACUAUAACUUCUUAGCCGGGAUCGAGCGAGUGAUCGAUAAGGCCGAGAGAGACGUGGAGAGCAGAGGAAUGGAGAAGGCGGAACGCAUGGAUAGGGGUGGAAGGGGGUUUGGUCGGAGAGGUGGAGGACAAGGCACGACGGGUGAAGCAAGGGUAGCUUUGAGGGAGGAAACGAGGUUGAAGGAUGCAGUGGGAAGAGCGCAGGUCAUCUGGGAGAGGGCACCGAAGGGGAUGGCAAGGAGGAAGAUGAACCAGAGCCAUUACUUGAACCGAUCCAAGCGGAUAAGGUGGAUGGUGGAAUGGAUUCACGAUGACGGGUCGAAACGACUAGGCCAUAUGAUCGAGAAUGAGUCCCUCGCGGAUGGUUACAGAGCGAUGAUUGAACCGAAAGAGUCACGAUCUUCCAAGAAGAGAAAGCGGCCAUCGGAGGGCGAAGGGCCAGUCCAUAAUGAAUCGCAGGACGGAAAUCUACCGCCCGAUCAAUCGCUCCAGCCUGAGCCCAACGAGGUGGAGGUUGCUAAACAACCUGAUCAACCCACUUCGGAGCCUACUCCGAGCCAGGGGCCAGAUGCGAACCUCGACACAGCUGGAUCGAGGCUAAACGCACACUCUACAGAUCCUGAGGACCUUAUAGAUGAAGGGCCUCCCUCUCACUUCCCGGACCGCCAUUUCUAUCUUCUCAUGCCCCAAACACCAGGGAAGCAUACGGUGCUUGUCCCGCUAUCUGCGCAGACCAUUCUCUCCGAAGCUCUUCGCGGUCGCGUUAUAAUGGAAUUCCCCACCAUCUACGUGCUACCCCAACUGCCCGAGGAGUUGCCAGAGCCGUUUGCGCUCGAGUCCAAGUAUCUGAGAAUCACGAGGGAGCAGGAGGAGGAAGUCCGAGGGUUUUUCGGCGACCUGGACCCUCUUCCGAACGCGGCUACCGGUAACUCUGAGUUUUCUGGCGUAUCAACGGAUGUGGAUAACAGUCGGCAAAAUUUGGAUGGGACGCUUGCUGAGACCCUCGCCAAAGACGUUGGGGGUUUGGGCCGUAAAUAGAACAUUGCUUAAUGGUCGAAUCUCGAUCUAGCGCUCCCACGAGAAUCAACGUCAUAUAUGAGUUUGGUACUCGAAAAGGCCCUAAGCAGAUAAGCUCGGAGUCAAUAGAAACGUUAUCCAUAAUUAAGGCUUGGGAUUUAUUUGAUCAACGGAAGGCAAGACCCCAUGAUUUGCGGUAGUGACCUAUG